AUGUCGGCUCGUUUGGUUUUGGGCGGUCUUUUGAAGUCGCCAAAUUUCUUCUCGAAAACUAGUCGCUAUCCACUCAAAUCCGGGUUCAAUGGUGCUAAGUUUAUUCUUUACAGUGCCGGUCUUGUUGGGGGCAGUUUUGCCGGAUUUUACCUCAUGAAUUCGAGAUCAGCAAUUCACGAAUAUUUGUUUUGUCCUAUCGUGAGGUUGCUCACGCCAGAUGCAGAAGAGGGCCACAAGCUAGGCAUCUUUCUCUUGAAAUGGGGAUUGGCUCCAAAACUGUUAUUUGAUCACGACGUUCCGGCUCUGGAGGUGCGAGUUUUCGAUAAAGUCAUGUCGAAUCCAAUUGGUUGCGCAGCUGGGCUCGACAAAAAUGGUGAGGCAAUCGAUGGCAUUUUGCAAAGCGGUUUUGCUUACCACGAAAUCGGAUCGAUCACACCACUACCUCAACCUGGCAACUCUAAGCCAAGAUUUUUCCGACUACCUCAAGAUGAUGCUGUCAUCAAUCGUUACGGCUUCAAUUCCGCUGGCCACGACAACGUUUUCUCCAACGUCAUUGAGCGCGUUAACAAGUACCUAUAUUCAUAUUUUUCCAAGGACAACAACAUCAACAAUUUGUCGCUGCACCAGGGCAAAUUGCUAGCUAUUAAUCUGGGCAAAAACAAAACCGGUGACGAAGUAACGGACUAUCUCAAAGGAGUGGAGAAGUUUCAAUCUUUGGCAGAUGUUCUGGUAAUCAAUGUGUCGUCGCCCAACACACCUGGUCUAAGAGAUUUGCAAAGCGAAUCAAAACUUACCGAUUUGCUGAGCCAGGUUGUGGGCAAAAGAAACUCGCUCAUUGAUUCUGGAAGCUCUUUAGGUGCUACUGUGCAUAGACCACCUAUCUUGGUGAAAAUCGCGCCUGAUUUGACAGAGCCUGAGCUUUUAUCUAUUGCUGAAGCCGCGAAAAAGUCGAAAGUUGAUGGCAUAAUUGUGUCGAAUACCACAAUACAAAGACCCAGUUCCCUUUUUACCAAAGACGAAGACUUGAAAUCACAAGCUGGCGGUCUAUCUGGCACGCCGCUAAAAGAGUUUUCGUUAAAAGCUUUGAGAACUAUGUACAAGUACACCAAAGAAUCCGAUUUGGUCUUGGUGGGCUGUGGCGGUAUCUCCUCUGCACAGGAUGCUCUAGAAUUUGGCAGAGCCGGAGCAACCUUCGUGCAGAUUUACACUUCUUACGCUUACAAGGGUCCAGGUGUUGUUGCCAAGAUCAAAGACGGCAUUACAGAAGAGCUGAAGAAGGAAGGUAAAACCUGGAUGCAAAUUAUCGGGGAGGACAGUAAGUAA